GGAUGGUCAAAACAAGCGCUUUAGUGUCGCUGUUUCAGCUUUUCUGCACUCUUGCUUCUGGAGAAGCCAUCUCUCAGGAUACCCUCUACCCAUUUGGACCAGCCCACAGGGACUUAGAAACCCCCAAGAUGGAUGAUGGCAGUUCUACAGAAAUUUCUUUACAAAUUACAUUUAUCUUCUUCAAUGUUCCCUACCGCUCCCUAUAUGUGAACAACAAUGGAGUGAUCUCCUUCAACGUUCAGGUGAGCCAGUUUACUCCUGAGGCUUUCCCUCUCAGUGAUAGCCGAUCAUUUAUUGCUCCUUUAUGGGCUGAUGUACACAAUGGAAUACGUGGAGACAUCUAUUACCGCGAGACUACAGAGCCAGAGAUCCUAGAGAGAGCCACUCAGGAUGUCAGGAAGUAUAUCAAGAACAUGCCAUCCUUCACUUCUACGUGGGUAUUCAUUGCCACCUGGAACCAAGUGACCUUCUACGGUGGCAGCCAGACAACACCGGUGAACACAUUCCAGGCAGUGUUAAUCUCAGAUGGUGUGAUUUCCUUUGUCAUGUUUAACUUUGGAGAAAUUGCAUGGAGCACUGGGACGGCUAGUGGGGGAGAUCCUCUUACUGGCCUAGGUGGAACCACUGCACAGUCAGGUUUUAAUGGUGGAGAUGUCAGUCACUUCUUCAACCUGCCUGGCUCCCGCACAAAUGAUGUAGUCAGCAUUGAGCAGACAACGAACGUCAACGUGCCUGGUCGCUGGCUCUUCCGUGUUGACACAGAACAGAUAGAUCCAGCCAAUGGCUGCAGCUAUAACGGACGUUUUUAUCGACGUGGGGAGGUGUUCUGGCUGUCAGAUCAGUGUUCUCAGCGAUGCAGGUGUCUGGAUUUGGACAAUGAAGUCAUCUGCCAAGCAGCUCCAUGUGGCCAACUGGAAACAUGUGAGCAGCAAGAGGGAGCCUACUAUUGCCAGCCCACUCGAACCAGCACCUGUGUGGUGUUUGGAGACCCUCACUAUCAUACCUUUGAUGGCUUCCUCUACCACUUCCAAGGCACAUGUUCUUACCUUCUGGCUCGUCCUUGCUGGGAGGUGGCUGGUCUUCCAUUUUUCAGUGUUGAGGCCAAAAAUGAAAAUCGAGGUGUGGCCACCGUAUCCUGGCUGAAAGAUGUAACUGUGGAGGUCUACGGCCAUCGAGUUACACUGCCGAAAGGAACCCUGGGAACUGUACAGGUCGAUAAUCUCUUAAAGACUCUACCUGUUCAACUCCAGUUAGGAGCCGUCAGGGUAUACCAGUCUGGUGUCGCAGUUGCCUUGGAAACUGACUUUGGUCUGUUGGUAACGUAUGAUGGGCAGCACUAUGCUUCCAUCUCCCUUCCGAGUUCCUACUUUAACAAUACUUGCGGCUUGUGUGGCAACUAUAACGACGACCCUGCUGACGACCCUGUGCUGCCGGACGGUUCGCUAGCAGAAAGCGUUGUUGAGUUGGGUGGUAGCUGGCGAGCGGAGGAUACGGAUUUCCGCUGUACGGAUGGUUGCUCCCAGAACUGCAGCAUGUGUGAACCGGCCGCUGAAGCUUUUUACUUUCGGCCCGACUACUGUGGGCUCAUCAACAAGACCGACGGGCCGUUUAGAGAUUGUCGGGCUGUGGUGGACCCUACUGCAUUUGUCUAUAGUUGUGUGUAUGAUAUGUGCAGCAAUCGGGACAACAUCACAACUCUUUGCCAGGCUAUACAGGCAUACGCUUUGGCAUGCCAAGCACUGGGGGUUACCAUCAGACCCUGGAGGUCUCGUACUUUCUGUGCUCUGACCUGUCCAGAGAACAGCCACUACCAGGUCUGCACAAGUGCUUGCCCACCCUCCUGCUCUGACCUGACUGCCCACCUGUACUGCACACAUCCAUGCACUGAGGGGUGUCAGUGUAACCAGGGCUUUGUGCUGAGCGGCAGCCGCUGUGUACGACGUUCCGAAUGUGGUUGCGAGCGUGAUGGCCUGUACUAUGCUCUCAAUGAAACCUUUUGGACAGGCGAGAGAGGUGAGGUAGACAGCGAGUGUUUUCAGCGAUGUGUGUGUGGCCCAGCAGGCAAGGUCACAUGUUUCAAUGAAUCCUGCCAGGAGGGGGAGGUAUGCACGGCAGAAGUGGGGCUGCUUGGUUGUUAUCCUCGAAGAGAUGCCAUGUGUUCGCUGUCUCAGAUGUACAUCUUGUCUACGUUCGAUGGCUCGUCCAUGUCGUUCCCUGAUGAGAGUUCUUUCUAUCUGGUGAAGACUUUGGGGCGCCUACCAAUAAAUGUUUCAGCAGUGGAGGUAAAGAUUGGCAGGAAGCUGGUGAACAAAGGUCCUGCUUGGAAGAGGCCGGUGGUCAUCCGAGUUCAACACCUAGAGACACAGAUAGGUGGCUCUGAUUUUGACAUUGUUAAGAUAAAUGGGGAGCAAGUAGUCCUGCCAUACGUCCAUCCACUGGAACCUCUUGUGGUGUACCGUGCCUCUGGAAAUGUCACUGUUGUGGAAUGGACUGGUGUAAUCCGAGCCAAAUACUCCCACCAAGGUUUUCUCAACAUAACACUUUCAACCCUUUUUUAUAAUUCCACCUGUGGCCUUUGUGGUUUUUUCAAUGGAGACCCACUGGAUGACCUUCGUCUGCCCAAUGGCCGGCAAGCUGACACGUCUGAUCAGUUUGUUGAAGGCUGGAGAGCAAUAGCUGAUGACCUAACAUGCAACGGUGACUGCGAAGAUCUCUAUCGCAUGUGUACUGACCUACGGCUGUACCAGAGCCCUUGGCUUUGUGGGAACAUUAACGACCCAGCAAACAGUUCAUUCCUAAUGUGCCACUUGUCCGUGAACCCUUCGCCCUACUUCAGGAACUGCCUGUACAACAUGUGUGUGAAGGAGGGCAAUCGUUCGGCUCUGUGCUCUUCACUGCAGGCCUAUGCUUCUGCCUGUCAGGAUGCUCAGAUCAACCUUGGGCCAUGGAGAAGUGCCACAAACUGCCCUCUGCCCUGCCCAGCGAAUAGCCACUUUGAUGAGUGCACGACUGCUUGCCCACUGACCUGCGAAAAUCUGGAUGAUCCAGACGAGCCGUGUCCAUACCCUUGCUCCGAAGGCUGCCAGUGUGAAGUGGGCUAUGCCCUCCGUGAUGGGCUCUGUGUGGCUCGCAGUGACUGCGGCUGCUUCUACAUGGGCCAACAACUAGCUACCAAUGAAACCUUCUGGACCGACUGGGAAUGCCAGGAACGCUGCUUCUGCAAUGGCUCAGACAACAGUGUCUACUGCACCUUCUCCCCAUGUCACCCUGAGGAAUAUUGCCAAGAGAACGAUGGCCUGUAUUUCUGCCAGCCCCGGACGGAGGCUACAUGUGCGGUAGCUGGAUAUGGUCACUACUUGCCCUUUGGAGGUGUUCCAUUUGACCUGCAGAGCAGCUGCACACUUCAUUUGGUCACCACAGAUUGUGGUGGACUGGAGGAGGAUGGGGCUGGACAUGGAAGUGUGAAUGAGGGUUUCGCUGGAGAGAUAGGUGCAGGGGGCCUGCCUCGGUUCCAACUCUCUGUUCGAAAUGAGGAGAGGGACACAGGGCAGACCAUCUGGGUUCGAGGCUUUGUGUUGGAGGUCUAUGGAUAUGAAAUUGAAAUGUCAAGAAGCUUUAAACAUACAGUCACGGUAAAUAAAGAGCGUUUGUACCUGCCUCUGAAGUUGGGCACUGGAAAAGUCAACAUAUCCACCCUGGGACUACAGUUACUGGUGGAGACAGACUUUGGCCUGAAGGUGGCGUUUGAUUGGAGUACCCUCCUCCUGCUUUCUUUGCCACGGACAAUCUAUAACUCAACAUGUGGGCUAUGCCAGGGAAUGCCUAUCUCCGGACUCGCUCUUAGUGUGAGUGAAUGGGGCAUGAUGUGGGCAGAACGGGACACUUUCUGUCAAGUGGGGUGUGGUGACUCCUGUCCUCGCUGCGGAUUGGUGGAAAGAGGCCUGGCGGCGGAAGUACCUGGUCCUAUGCAGACAGUGGGUGGCAUUAACAUCGAUGAGGCUGAAGGUGCUAACCCAGGAAACCGUUUUCAUCUGUCCGAGGGCUUGUAUGUUUACGUUGAGCCUGAGGCGGUGAGGCUGUGUGGACUUAUUAUUGAUCGUGGAGGGGUGUUUGCGCGAUGCCACAGCAAGGUUCCACCAGCAUACUUUUACCAGAGCUGCCUGCAGGACACGUGUGUGGACCAAGGGGCACGGGAGACUAUUUGUAAUUGGUUGCAGAUCUACGCCAGUACUUGUCAGAUCCAAGGAGUACCUGUGAUGGGCUGGAGGAGUUCUACACCCUGUGUGCUGACAUGCCCAGUGAAUAGCCACUACUCAAGCUGUAUGAUGGUGUGCCAGCCUCAGUGUGCCCCAGCACGUGGACAGAGGGACUGUAACCAGCACUGUGUGGAGGGCUGCCAGUGUGACCAGGGCUAUGUGCUGAACGGCAAGAGCUGCAUCCUUAACCAGAACUGUGGCUGCUACACAGAUGGCAAGUACUAUGAGCCUAAACAGUUGUUCUGGAACAGCGACUGCACCAAGCGUUGCCAGUGUAUCGGCCGCAACUUGGUUCAGUGUGACCCACGCCGCUGCAAGGCCGAGGAGGAGUGUGUGUUACGCCAUGGUGUCCGUGGCUGCUUCGCCCGCCGCAACCAGCACUGUGUGGCUUCAGGAGGUGGCGUUUUCCGCACAUUUGAUGGCGCUUCAUUACGUCUUCCUGCCUCUUGCUCGUUCGUCCUGUCCACCAUUUGCCACAAGCUUCCUGAACUCUCUUUCCAACUUAUCGCCAACUUCGACAAGUGGAGCACACCCAACCUUACCACCAUCUCACACGCCUACCUCUACAUUAACGAGGAGAAGAUCCUCAUCUCUGGCAACACUGUUAAGGUGAAUGGGACACCUGUGUCUAUACCCUUUGUAACCGGCCUGAUGACCCGCGUCUCCACGUCUGAAGGCUUUCUAGUCAUCGAGACACAGCAGGACAUCCAGGUCCGCUAUAACCGUUUCAACACCCUCAGUAUUACAAUGGGACCACGGCUGCAGAACAAGGUGUGUGGUCUGUGUGGAAAUUUUAAUGGAGACCCUACUGACGACUACAUCACAUCUCGCGGGAAACCUGCCGUCAGCGCACUGGAGCUCGCACAGAGCUGGAAAACCAAUGGCAUGCAAAACAGCUGUGAUGAGACUCAGUAUGUAGCACUGGCUCAGUCCUGUGACAACACAGAUGUUCUGGAGCUACAGGGCGAGGACAGCUGUCUGAAACUGACCGAGCUCAAGGGUUUUUUCCAGCCAUGCCAUGGCCUGCUGGACCCUCAUCCCUUCUACCAGUCCUGCUACCUGGAUGGCUGCUACAACCACAGGAAGGCUCAGGUGUGCGGCUCCAUGGCUGCCUACGCAGAGGCCUGCCGCUCUUUCGGCACGCUUACCACCAAGUGGAUCGCCCUGGAGAACUGCUCAGAAUGGAUCUAUGACCCCUGUGCAGGAGAGAUCUGCACAAACAACACGUGUGAACAGGAAAACGGAGGAGACCUUUGUGGCUGCCCAGAACUUCCAAACAAUGACAUCAACGAGGAUGACAUAAUCCAAGCCGAGGUGACUUGUAAACAUGCUCUGAUGGAAGUUUCCAUAUCAAAGUGUCGCUUGUUCCAGCUGGGCUUCGAGAGGGAAGAUGUUCGCAUCAACGACCAGAAGUGCCCUGGCAUCGAGGGCGAAGACUUUAUCUCUUUCCAUAUCAACAACACCAAAGGCCACUGUGGUUCCAUAGUACAGUCGAAUGGAACGCACAUCAUGUACAAGAACACGGUGUGGAUUGAGAGUGUGAAUAACACCGGGAACGUGGUGACCAGGGAUAAGACCAUCAAUGUGGAGUUCUCCUGCGCCUAUGAGCUUGAUAUCAAGAUCUCCCUGGAGACCGUGCUUAAGCCCAUGCUGAGUGUAAUAAACCUCACCCUCCCCACCCAGGAGGGCAACUUCAUCACUAAGAUGGCUCUGUAUAAGAACUCCUCGUACCGCCAGCCAUACCGGGAGGGUGAGGUGGUGCUCAGUACGCGAGAUGUGCUGUUUGUGGGUGUGUUUGUGGAAGGUGCAGACGACAGCCAGCUCAUUCUCAUAGUAAACAUGUGCUGGGCCACGCCAUCACGCUACAGCAGUGAUCGUCUACGCUAUAUCAUCAUAGAGAAAGGGUGUCCCAACAUUAAGGACAACACCAUCGGCAUGGCUGAGAAUGGCGUGUCCCUUACUUGCCGCUUCCACGUCACUGUAUUCAAGUUCAUUGGAGAUUAUGAUGAGGUGCAUCUGCAUUGCGACGUCACACUGUGUGACUCGGACACCAACGCAUGCAAAGUGAACUGUCCACACAACAGAAGAAGCUACUCUGACUACAGUCAGCAAAAAGAACACAUACUGUCUGUGGGACCAAUCAGAAGACGAGUGGCAGAUUGGUGUGAAGACAAUAAUGGUGGAUGUGAGCAGAUCUGCACCAGCCAGGUUACACGACCAGUGUGUAGCUGUGUGACUGGAAUGCUGCAAAAAGAUGGCAAGAGCUGCCGUGCUACCAGCUCUAGCGUGGAUCUCCAGCCACUCGCUCCUCUGGUUGCCACAGGCAUCGGCAUCAUGCUCCUAAUACACAUCCAUAGCUCUCUGCUUGUUUCCUAACGUAAACCGAACCAUGGUGAAGAGGAGAGGAUACAGCAAACAAGUGAGGAAAAGAGACAAACAGAAAGCAACCAUGAAACAACCACUAACUGCAGCCCGGAUGAGCCCUCAUAGCUUAUCUCCAUCAGUGAUGAACUGUGAUCAAAGACUCAGCUGCAUGGACGCUGUCCAGAAACAAGCGACCAUGUGAAAAAAGCUUCACUUGUUUUUAAGAAGCUUACCAUUAAAAAGCACAGGCAGCCCAAAAUGAGUCUGAAUUUAGUAGGUAUAGAUGGGUGAGCUAUUGAGAAUUACACAGAUUAGCAAUGAGUGAUUAGCAAGUGGAAUUUAUUAGGUUAUGUUAAUGUCUGUGAAUGGUGAAAAUUUAAGUGCCACUUAUAUUUAUGUUUGAUUUAAUGUUUCUCCUUGAUUAAGUUCUCAGUAUAGUUAAUUAUUUAAUUUCCUUUUUUGCCAUGAUGAUGUAUCUUUUAGAUCAAUCCUUGUUCUACAAGCAUUUCUUUGCUUGAAGUAUUCACAAAUAUCUAUAAAGAGUUUUUCAUCUAUACUACACCAUAUGGUCAAAAGUAUGUGGACACCCCUUGUUAUUAUCAUUAUCAUAUGUUUCCAGCUUUGUGGCGACCGUUUGAGAAAGACUCUUUCCUGUUGCAGCAUUAGCCAAGGUCCAAGGAUCUCCAGUGGCCUGCACAACACCCUGACUUCUUUCCAUUUAACAUGUAUGGUAUGAAUUGGAACAUUCAUUUUACCUAAAUGGGCACAAGUUACCACAGACAAAUGUUAUAAUCUUUUAAAAUGGCAUGUUAAACAAGCUCAUGGUCUGUUGUCCACAUAUUUUUGACCUUUUGACCAUAUUUUAUAUUUGCUAUGUGUACUGUUUCAUCUCAUGUCCCAUAAUGUUACAAAACCAACACAAGUAUUUCAGAUGUCCUCAAGUAGGCUUGUUGUUACACUGUUAGCAAAUAAAACAUACAUUUAUCAU